GGAAAGGGAGGAUCGUUUUGAGAGACCGUGUGAGUGCGUGAGGAUGUAGAGAGAGAGGAAGAGAGAGCGGGAGACGCGUGAUGAGUCUUGUGGUGGUGGUGGUGGUGGUUGAACGAAAUGUCUUGCGGGGCCCGCGAUGACUAUAUAACUUCACCACACACUGCAGUAUUACAUUCCAAUGGAGUCACUCGUUCGUUCAGCCAAUGCGAAAAGGAAGGAGACCAAUGAGUCAAUGCUAUCCUGAGGGACAGUGACUGAUUUGAUCUCACAUACCCACUCCUACAGUAUGACAGUACAGCACGGCACAGCACAGUAUAUGCAGGACAAUACUGUGGUGGUCUCUCCCUCGUCGUCGACGUCUGACUGUCUGACUGUGCCGAAAGACUCGGGAUACUUCGGCCGUAUUAACAUUAUUGAAUUCCACCCAGGCGCGGCUUUGGGCGUCAUUGCCGCCGAACCCUGCUCCACUCGACCUUUUGAUACAGCAACAAAUGAUGACUGUACAUGGUAUUUCUGGCCACAAUUCCCAAACAACGUUCUUCAUCCACACAGAUCGCCUGUGGUCCAUGCGAAAAACAUUGGGAAAUACCAUCCGCCUCCCUCAUGGCGCUAUAUUACGUGUGACCCUCUCCGCGGUUUGUGAGAGAGAGAGAGCGAGGGAGCUGGCAUUCCAUCCUCACUGUCACGAGACAAAAAAAAGAGCCCUGAAAGAACCACCCAGUCCCCCCGAAGCUUGCACUAACUACCACUACCAAAUAGAGAAAAGAAACAGUUUGGUCACUACGGAACAGCCGAGGCGCACUUCGCUCUGCAUGAGAGUCUGCAUACGAACGAAAAAAAGGCCGCCAGGGGAGUCAUCAUCAUCACCAUCAUUGGGUGUGAGUGAUGAUUCGGGCCUGUGGGUGGUUUUCCUGACUGGACCGGGUUUGGGCCCUUUCGUCCACUCACCCUUGUCCUCGCGAUCGCCAUCAUUUUGGUGUGUCGUCGGCUCGAGGGACGGCGGGCAGCAGCGAACGGGCCGUCGAAAGGGCUUUUCUUCUUCUCGCGUGAAGUCGGAACGAGGGUCAUACAAUAUACAACACACAAUGCUGCCGCUUCUCCCAGGUGUUCGCGUUGCAAUCAUGGGUGUGAAUGUGUACUGGAUGCAUUGUCGUGCAAUUUGGUAGUCAAUGUCCUCCUCCAUUUAG